AUUAAUAUUAAUAUAAUUUAAUGGCAACACUUGUUGGCGUGGGUUCUUUCUACUUUGGUCGUCAUUGUUGGCGAUUGUGGCGUGGGUUAAGAAUAAUAAAAUAUAAUCAUCGAAACCUGGUUUAAAGAAAAUUUAUUCCCAGGAAAGGAUAUGAAGACAAGUGAAAAAAUGUUUUUCUAUUUGGUUUAACAAUAAAUCUCCAAAAAGGAUAAACUGACACUGCUAUUCAAAGCUGCCAACAUUACUAAUAAUUUCCUCCAAAUUGAUGCCAAGAUGUCUCAACAGUACAGUCUUCGGUGGAAUAACCACCAGCCAAACUUCAUUUCAAUGUUUGGUAAUUUACUUGCUACCAAAGAUCUUGUGGAUGUGACUUUGGCAGCUGAAGGCCAACACUUGGUUGCACACAAAGUUGUCCUUUCAGCAUGUAGUACAUACUUUCAUUCACUCUUUGUGGAUAAUCCAACUCACCAUCCAAUAGUUAUUCUUAAAGACAUCACAUUUAAUGAUUUACGCACAAUGGUAGAUUUUAUGUAUUAUGGUGAAGUGAAUGUCACAGAGCAGCAACUAGCACAGGUUUUGGAAACAGCAAAAAUAUUAAAAAUAAAGGGGCUGACAGAAAUGCCUGACUCUACUUCCUUAACUAGAUCUCAGGGAAUUCCCACAGAUUUCCCAACAACAGAAACUUCAAGUGAUACACAAAGGCCUUCAGUGUCACCCUCAUCUCCUAUUAGAAAGAAAAGGCAGAGAAAGAGUUCAUCCGGUUCACUGGCAAAUCCUGAAGAGCUCAUGCAGAAUGUUGAUAUGAUGCGUGAUGCAGUAACCUUAGGCAGCCUAAACAUACAAAAGAAACGGGAAAUGGAUGAGAGAAUCGAAACUGCACAACAGACCGAGGAUGCAUCAGCAAUUAACAUUGAUCAACUUGCAAUAGACACGAAUGCUGUUGGGAUGUCUCAAGGAGCCCAGUGGAAUAUGAUGGAGCAUCCAUAUCCCCGGUAUACGAACGCGGGUAUUGGUGGCGGCGGUUUACAACCGGAACAGGCCAUGUAUGUGAAUAACGUGAUACAUCAACAUGGAGACGACAUGAGCCACUACGGACACACGCUGGGAUCUACGGGGCCGGUGCCGGGACCCAGUGUACUCCAAGGGAUGAAUGAUCAAGUUGGUCAGGCUCACAGUUCGGGUAUGCCUGUAAAGAGACGACGCACCACUAACCCUCAGGCAGAAGAAAAUUUUCAAAAAGCCCUGGAAGCGGUCCGCGUUGGUGGGAUUGGUUUCUGCAAAGCAGCGCGAAUGUUUGGUGUCAAUAAUCGAACAUUGUGGCUCGAAUAUAAAAAGAAGGGUUAUCCGAAUAACAGACCAAGUAUCAAGAAUCGCAUAAAGAGAGAACAUAUCACACCACCUCCCGAAAUAAAGGAAGAUCCUCCACAAUUGGAACAGCAGAUGGCACUUCUCUGUCAACCACCUCCCGUCCCGGUCAGCUUUAUAGAUCCUCGACCGAUGGAUUUCCCACAGAUCAACAGCUCUUCCUUGAGCAUUAUAAACAAUGUUAAUUUCACGAUGCAAUAGAACGCGGCUUGCGGGGUGCAAGGUACCGAGUCGUACUCGUUGUGACCCGAGUGGCAGGGCGGCGGGGGUCAUCACCCUCCGCCACCCUUGGUGACUGGUGACCACACCAGCUCCGUCUGUCCCCCGGGCCUGCCGGUGUCCCUGCGCCCCGCGCCGCAUCACGCGCACGUGCACGCCCAGCAUCCGCCGGCGCCACGCCCUCAUAUGCACUACGACGUUUACAUGCAUGUACCCCUGUAAAUAUCAGUUACCACUGUGUCCAGUAUUACUCGCUUAGUAAAAACGACUGUAUUUGUAGAUAAUAUUAAGUAUUUGAAUGGGCGUAUAGCGGCAGGCGUCCAUAAAGUAGAUAGAUCUCAGUAGAACGAUAAGACUUUUAUUCAUAAAUACCUGUUUGGUAUCUGCUUUUUUUAUUAUUGAAAGAACUGCAUUUAUUGUUAGUAUUAUGUAAAAAUCAUGUGAUAGCGAAUUUAUUAAGCAUUUUUUUUAUUAAGGUCUUAAACGUCAUGACCAGUUUCUUUAAUAUAAGAGUAAAUUAUGAUUAAUGUAGGUGAUUAGCAUAAUUUUGUCGCUGGGUCGAUUUCGAUAAAUAUAAAGCCAGUUUGGUGGAUAUGAAGGAGUUGGCAGUUAAUAAAAUUGAAUUAUAAGAUUACCUAUUCACUGUAUAUGUAAAGCUUCACAGGACGCACUUGUUGACAAAACAAAAAUCGCACACAACAAUUUUUCUUGGAGCGUAUAUAAGGAUAGUUGAAACCGCAAGUUGUGGGUUGUUUGAAUAUUUUAUAGGUUACUUUUAGAGAAAUUUCGGUUUGAUAUAAUGAAAGGACAGUUUUUUAAAUUGAUGUAUAAAUACAAGUUGAAACUUUUUUUGCUACAAUAUUUUUAUACCAUAUCAAUUAGCCUUCUAAAUAUCUAAUACAUAUUUUUGAAUACAAAUUUGUGAAUUAAGAGCAAUAAUUAACAAUAAAAGUAAUAUAUAUAUAUGCAUAUACACAUUUAUUAUACAAAUGGUAUGUUAUAAAUUAGAUUUUCUUUUAUAUAAUUCAAUUAUUUCAAUUUUAAUAAGUACCUAACUUCUUUAUUGUGUACUGUUUUUAAUUUUAUAAAAUGAUCAAAUAGCAUUUAAUGUUAUUAGAAUAUAUGGAAGACCUCGGUGAACAAAAUCUGUUAAAAUAUUAUAAUUUUUUUUGGAAGGGAAUUCUUUUUGUAUAUAUCAUACUUUGAAAUUAUACUUGAUUUCCUAAUUCCUUUAGUAGAUGAUUAAUAUACAUCUGAGCAGCACUGGUAUAUGAGUGCUAUUUAUGUAUAAUGAAAGAAAGAGACAGAGAAACAGUUCACAUUAAAAUACAUGUUGUGUAUAAAAGUACCAAUUAUAUGUGCAUUUACUUUAGAAGUAUUCACUAGAGAAACAUAGUAAACAACUUCGAUGAGAAUAAGCUGUAAAAUUGUAAUCCGUGUGAUUUUUACGACAUUUUCUUCUUAUACUUAAUAUUUGUAACAUAUGAAUGUCGGGAAUUUUAAUAAGAAGUCAAAAUGACCUCAAACACUGAAUCUUCGUAUGACUUUAUUUAUUAACAACGCCGAUGUGUUCUAUCAUUGUAUCCAGUAUGUAUACGGUAGAGCUAACUGUCUACGAUUAUAUCAAAGAGGCAAUUCUUUUUUUAAUAAUUGAAUAUUUAUUUAAUACUAUUUCCUUAAAAAUUUGGCCCUUGUUCUUACUCAAUACUAUUUGAAUUAAUGUAUAUAUAAUUAAUAAAUUAAACACCAUACGUUUUGACCUGUAACAAAACAAAUAACUAUAGAUUGUAUGUUUUGAUUUUUAGAGUCUCAAUAGUGGCACCGUUUACGUUUAUAUAAGAUGAAUGUGUAAAAAUAUUAUCACAACAGAGCGAUCUCUUGUAGUAUGUUUUAAAGCUAUUAACAUACAGGUGACUGCAAAAUAAGGUUUAUGUUAAUAUUUUCUAUACAUUGCAUUUAUAAAUAUUAGUCUAUACUUGUCUUAGUUUAAUAUAAGUUAAAUUAGUGUUAUCUCGAUAUGGUUGCCAUAUUAGUCAUGACGUAAAAAUCUAUUCAUGUAGCCAGUAUUUAUUGAAUAGAUCGGUUUGUAAUAUAACUACUGAUCCGCUUUUACUUAGUUGAACGAUAUUUAAGUUAACAUUGAUUUCAUUUAAUAAGUCUACUGUAGAAUGUCCAAAAUGUGCCCAGCAAUAACUCCAUGCGCUUUAUUUAAAUUUAUAUACAAUACUAAAGUUUCUACUAAGACAAACUCUCACGAUUCAUUACGAAGAAAGCAACUAAGUAAAUCAGUGUCUCAAUUUUUUUUAAUGGUAGACCUAAAUGUGGACAGGUUAAUAACUUAAAAUAUUUUCUUUUUGUAUGUCAGAUGCUGGACGUCUGUUCAAUUAAAGCUGUCAAUUUUUUAGCUGAAAUGAUCCGAUCAUAAUGAUCGCGUGAUAAGUGAAUAUCUUUGAGAAAACCACAAGGUCUUCCCGGAAUUUAGUUCAUAAGAAACUCAGUAUUAAACUCUUGAAACAUUAACUUUAUUUACUUUAUAUGGGCCAUGAUCUUUCGUUACUAAAUUGAGUACCAUCUUUUAAAUAUCAGAUUUUUUAUUAUAUUGUAAAAAUUUUGUAAUGUAUUGUAAAAAUAUGUUUAGGAGUUUGCGAUUUACUUAGAGAUUGUAUAUAAUGUGUCUUUAACUGUAUAAGUUCUUUUGUACUUAAUUAAAGUUUUAAUAAAUGUGCAUUUGACAAGUAUGAAACAGAUGAGUACUGUGACAAUUAUUCAAAAUUGUUAAUUUUAUUUCAUAAUAAGUAAGAUUAUAAAUCAAUGUACAGUGUACACACCUAUCGUUACGGCUGCUACUAGGUGUAGUCUGCAAGUUUUUAAAUAUAAAGACAAUCAAUACAUAGUGUAUAUUAUAUAACAGAAUAUUAAGUUAAUGUUCAAAAAAUGGUAUUGUUAACCAGUCUAUAGCGAGAAUUGCUUUACAUACGUCUCGAUGGAAAUAUUAACCUAUUGUAAAAUUAACAUUCUGGAGAUUAAUGUAAGGCUUAUAAUAUACAAUAAGGGACUGCUAAGUCGGUCUACCAAACUGACACUAUACCUCGAUGUAGCCGUGAUAUAUGCAUAAAUUACCUUCUUGAUGCGUUGUAAAUCAGAUAUGUUUAUUUUUUAUUUAAAUGACAGCGCAAAAGUUCUUUACUGAAUUAAAAAUCGGUUUAAGUAAGAAAUAAUAAAUAAUUUUGCAGA